AAAAAGGAAAAUUAUGUAAUUAAAUUAGAGACGUCGCUUAAUUAAGGCUUAGAAGAAACGGGUCUUAUGGCACACGUGUCACACAUUCAGCAUUCUCUCUCUCACGACCAAAUCAUCUUCUCUCCUCUCGUGACUCUUCGACGAGUCCGACUCCGACUCCAUCCGGUGAUCUCUCCUCAACGGAAUGUCUCGCGAAGAAUCUCCGAGAGAGCUUCUGGUUUCUCUAAGAACUUGAUUCUCAGAUCCUCGGCGUCGCGGUUUCACGGCGAGUCCCUCGAUUCCUCCAUCUCACCCGUUCUCAUUCCCGGCGUCCAUGUCUUCCAUUGCCAGGACGCAGUUGGAAUCGUAGCAAAGCUAUCAAGCGUGGAGUCUGCACUCUAGAGUUCUUGAUAUGCUUGGUGUUGACUAUCUUAGGCUACAUCCCAAGGAUAAUCUAUGCUAUACGUGAUCGUGUUUCAGAACUGUGAAGGGGAAACUGAGGACUACAGUGCUCCACUUCGGUUUUCUUAUGGCUCUCUACCUUGUCUUAUGGUUUGAUCUCUUUGUUUUGUGUCUCUUAGUAUUCUAGAUUCUUUGUGCAGGCCUUUGAUGCAGGUGUGAAGCUGAUUGGAGCAACAAGCCACUUUGUUACUGAGGAACUUGAUGUAGGGCCUAUCAUUGAACAAAUGGUAACUUUGUCUGCCAACUAUUGGAUUAGUACCUUCUAUAAGAUGAUUGUAAACCAUAAGCGAACGUGACUGUGGAGUUACACUAGGGUUAGUGGUAAAAUGAAGAUUAUGGGGAUUGUGAAGAAGCACGUUACGGUUAAAAUGAACUGCAUGAUGGAUGUGACUGAACAUCCCGCGACGACAGGCCAUUCAAGAUGUCGAGUGCAACUGCAAGAACAAUAUCAAUCUUUAAGUUUUUGGUUUCCACAUUAGGAUUUGUCUCAACGUUCUUAAUAGUUUCAUUACCAAAUUAUUUGGUUAUUUGAUUAUAACAGUACCAUGUACAAGUGUGUUUUGACUUUCUCGUGCUUCUUUAAGAAAAUUGUUUUUCUUUACACUUGCUAUGAUUUUGAAUUGAGUAAAUAUGAGAUUUGUACUAUA